AUGUCUAUCAUAACAGUAAACGAGGCUGCUGCAGAGCACAAUCUGGACAAUGUCGAUCUCAAAGCCAAGGUCGUUACCAAUAAUGUCGAAAUUGAAGCAGAACCUGCGCCCCCAGUGGCAGAUAAUUUCAUGUACGAUUUCAAAUACAACCAUUCCUUGCCAACCACAGACGUCCUAGGUGUCCAAAUCCCAGAUGACUGUGAUGCCCAGAAAGAAGCAGAAACCGUGGUGAAGAGCCUCGCAGAAUGCAUGGAACAAGGCAAUGCCGAAGCUUUUGCCGAAAUAUUUCUCGAGUAUGGUGUUUGGCGAGAUAAGUUGUCCUUCACAUGGGACCAUCGAACAUUCAACUUCCGACCAGCCAUACUCAAGGCUGCGAAAGACCUCUUCCCAACCACAAAAGCCACAAAGUUCAGCUUUCUUAAGCCAGAGCCCAUUAUCGCACGUCCAUAUCCUGAUUAUGCACAAUUGCAAUUCGUUGUGUCCUUCGAGACCGAGGUUGUUGAGGCCUCGGCUGUCAUCAAUUGCGUCCUUUCGCAGCAAGGCUGGAAAAUAUACACGAUGUACACAGUCGCUGAAUCUCUGAAGCAAUUCCCGGAGAUUUCUCCAUACGACGGUCAUAUGACCGGUGCUAUCAGUUGGGAGAAACAAAGGGUACUCGAUAUUGAUGCUGCAAAUCCAGAAAUCCUGAUCAUCGGUGGUGGUCAGAAUGGCCUUGCUCUGGCUGCUCGUUGCAAAGCCUUGGGCAUGGAUAAUCUUAUCAUUGAAAGAAGUGAAGAGAUUGGUGAUGUAUGGAAGAAGCGUUAUGAUUAUCCAAAACACUGGCCGACAUACACUCCAGCCCAGAAGCAGGGUAUAUACAUGGGAUGGUAUGCGUCUGCUUUGGAAUUGAAUGUUUGGACUAGAUCAAAUGUCGCUGGUGCUGAGCAGGAUGAUGCUGGUAAUUGGACCGUCACGAUCAACAAGAACGGUGAAACUCGAGUCCUGCAUCCAAAACAAGUCGUGAUGGCAACAUCCCUUUGCGGAGUGCCUAUGACACCUGUUAUUCCUGGGAUGUCAGAUUUCAAGGGUGUGAUUCGGCAUUCAGUCAACCAUGACAGUUCUGUUGAUUUCGUUGGCAAGAAGGUAUGUGUUGUUGGUACGUCUUCAUCAGGGUUCGACACGGCAUUCGAUUGCUCGAGAAGAGGCAUAGACGUUACGUUGCUUCAGCGCUCGCCAACGUAUAUCAUGUCGUUGACUCAUUCAGUGCCUCGAGCAAUUGGAGGCUAUGCUCCAGAUGCCAAGGGUAAUCGCCCAAAUCUCGAAGAGCAGGAUCGCAUCUUCUUUCACAUGCCGGUUGGUCCUGGAGAAGAGUUUGCCAGACGAAAUGCGAAGGUUCUUGAGGAUCUUGAUCGACCUUUGCUUGAUGCUUUGAACGCGAGAGGUUUGAGGACAUGGCGAGGUCAAAGAGGGACUGGUAAUUCCACACUUGGUCAGACAAGAAAUGGUGGGUUCUAUUUUGAUGCCGGUGCUUGUGACGAUAUCAUCAAUGGUAAGAUCAAGGUUGAGCCUGGGUUUAUUGAGCGAUUCACCGAGGAUAAGGUGAUCAUCGGGGGUCGUGAGCAUGAGUUCGAUCUGGUGGUUUUUGCUACUGGGUUUUCGAACACAAUCGACUCGAUCCGUGAUACACUCGGUGAGAAGAUAGCUUCACAGUGUGGCUCGAUCUGGGGAAUUGAUGAGGAGGGAGAGUUCAAAACCGCAUUUAGGGAGACUGGCGUAAAGAACUUUUGGAUCAUGGUUGGGUUUUUGCCGAUGACGAGGUAUCAGUCAAAGUUAUUGGCUUUGAGAUUGAAGGCAUUGAAGGAAGGAGUAAGUUCGGAGCCUUACAAGAUAUGA